ACCAAUUCUCCUGUCAGCCGCCUCACAGGGGGAGAAAGUAAGCAAGCGAGAGAGAGAGAGAGGGAAGGAAGAGAGAGAGUGUUCUUGCAAUGGUGAACACACAGGAAUUCCAUUGAAACCCAGCCCUACAAGUUACAGACAUGGUGUACAGAAAGGUGCGUGCUGGCCACGGUUCUCUCCAUGUUCGAGAUGUGGAGAGUGAGAAUCUGCAUGCAGCCUCUCUGGAAUUGGAAUGGGACCUGGAGAAGGAACUGGAGGAACCAAGUUUGAACCGCUUCCAGCUAGAGUGUGUGGAGCAUCAACCUGUGAACAGCUCUUCUGGCAGGGCCAUGGACCCAGAUCUCGAACCCAUUCAACCCACUGUCUCCCCCCAUGGACGAUUUGAGCGUCUCCAGGAGGACCCUAAUUACAUCUCUCGUUUCAGCCGGUCGGUACCCAAGGGCCAGUGGCGGAGUGGGACCUGCCUGGCCAAAUACCUGUUAGCAGGGGUGGUCGUGUUUGUUCUGGGGCUGCUCAUUGGACGAUACUCCUUCAACAGGGAGCAAGGGGCAGUAGAGCCAAGCGCAGACACAGAUGUACUGGAGAAGAUAUUUCAGGGAAUUACAGCAGAAAAGAUCCAAGCACUGGAGAGGGACUUUGAUAGCUUGUCUGAUCUUGGUGAGGAAUCAAAGGUGAGGUAUAUUGCUCAGCGGUGGGAGGAGCUUGGAUUAAAAGAUGUCCAGGUGACCAAUCACACGGCUCUUCUGAGCUAUCCUGUACCUACCCACAGCACAAUCGUCGAUAAGAUCAGUAACCAGUGUUAUCUGCCCAGCGGAGCAAGAUGCGACCAACCAUCCACAACCACAACUGAACCCUUCACCUUUGCAGCCUACUCAGCUGUGGGAAAUCUAGAGGUAAAAGUGGUGGGCGUUCAGUAUGGGAGCCCAGAGGAUUUGAGACGAGUCCAAGCUAGAACAAAUGUGACCAGUAAAAUAGCACUACUGAAGCUCGGACAAGCACCUUUGCACCUUUGCUUUACAAGAGUUUGCUCAUUUCUAUCUCCACAGCUCUCUCUCCUGGCAGAGAUUGGGUUUGGUGGUUCUCUUUUGUAUGUGGAUCCCUGUGACAGCCCCUUUGGGAAUAAGACAUUUGGGGUGACUCUGAACCCAGGUGGGAACCCCUCUUUUCAAGAACUCCCCAGGAGCGCUGAGAGAGACCUCACAUCAUUGCUGGUUCAGCCCAUCUCUGCCUACUUAGCAAAAGUGCUGCUGUCUGCCCCCAACAUGGGGCAGGGUAAACCAUGUAUCCUUAUGUCCAUGCCCUCAGCCUCAGCAAGAAAAAUCAUAAAUCUCACUAUUGAAAACCAGUCGUCCAUCAAGACAGUGCACAGUGUUAUUGGGUAUCUCAAAGGCAAGACCAAUCCAGAUCGAUAUAUACUGGUUGGCAGUCGUCAUGGCAGCUGGUAUGAGGGUGCGUUGGCGGACUGGGGGAACAGCUCUGCAGUCAUGACUCAGAUCAUUGCCUCCAUGACGGCUCAGACCCACGCAGGCUGGCAGCUCGACCGUACCAUCGUCUUCUGCUCUUGGUGGGGAACAUCACUGGGCAACAUCGGCUCCGCUGAAUGGGGGAAGGAGAAUGCAGUGGUACUUCAGAGCAGGGCAGUGGCUUAUGUCAGCCUCCACAGUCCAGUCAGAUCCUCUGGAUCCCUACAGUCCACAGCAUCACCUUCUCUUCUGCAACUGGCUUCUGACAUCCAAAAGAGACACUUGAUUUGCAGUGGAGGUGGUGGUUGUCCUAGUCCAAAUGUGAGCUCACUGCAGACACCUGGAGAUGCAGGCUACUUCUCCAACCAGCUUGGUGUUCCAAUUGUGGAGUUCACCUACUCAGAAUUUCCUAAGACAGAGAGAGUGUAUUUCCUCUCAGAGGCAUUUUUCCCUCCUGAGUCUUCAUUAAGAGACACCUUGGAUCCAGCCUUCAAACUCCAUGAGAAUAUUGCCAAGAUAACAGCUGAGGCCAUCCUGCGACUCGCUACUGACCCUGUUCUUCCAUUUUACCCUUUGGAUAUUGCUCUGGAUGUUCAGAACAAACUUAAAGAUGAUCCAUUGAGCACACCAGACCUGCUAACUGCUGCUGCGUCUCUGAGGGACAGCUCAGCCUUCUUUCAAUCCGAGCUCAUGCGUCCUGCUAAUGACCCCAAAGAGAGAGAUCCCGCCCAUGUACGCAUGCUCAACGAUGUUCUCCGUGACCUGGAGAAAAGCUUCCUUAUCCCAAACCCACCGCCUGGUUUUUACAGGUUUAAUAUGGGCUUUAGUAACCUUGGUUACACCCUCCCCUCUGAAAUAUAUGUUUCCAUUCAGGUAAGUAUUCCCUUGCAGGUUCUUCUUCAGGAUUAUUCCCUACAGGUUCCUGAGCCGUGCCAACUGAUAGCGAGAGACUCCAUGUUCCUGCCUCCUCCUGUAGAGCACUCCACUUCUCAGCUCGAGUCGGUUCCACUCUUUAGACCACAAACUCAUGUUCUGCCAAGGAAGCUUCUGAGAGGUGAGGAAGAUCUGGAAGACCAUGUUUAUCUUUAUGUUGGAACUCAUUUGGCAGAGCAUCCUCAUGGUCAUCUAGAGGCUCACCAUGCGGUCGUCGGGAAAGCCCGUCAGCAUCUUGAUUUUGGCCACCUGCUCUGCAAAGGGGAGUCACCAAAUUCAAAGGUAAGGUUGGCACAGGUGAACAUGGGUGGACUCCCAGACUUGGUUGCUGCGCUGCAUCCAGUGAUUAACCGCAGUCUGGCCAUUCGACUGAGGAUGAUAACCGGAAGUCAGGCUGACGUUGACAUUCAGAAGCUUGCAGAAUUCUCUUCAGAUCCGCGAGGUGAAUUGAGGUCCUCUGCCCUAGACGAUGUCAUCUGGAACAUUCUUUAUGGCUUGAGCAGAGAAACUCCACGCUUCUCUAUCCUAAAGGAUGCCCAGGAGGUACCUCAACACAGCAGUGUCAGCUUGUCCAUGACACUCAUAUGCAGUGCAAUCAGUUCAGCUGAGAAACUUGUCCAAAGCGGACUUGACCUGUUUAAGAACGACAGUGACAUCCCACAAUGA